AUGGCCGCGCCGCUACAGUUCGCUACAUUCUCCUCGGAGAUCGAACUUCCGUUUUAUUCCGCCCUAUUCGCCUCGAAGCUCGACUAUGAUAAGCUCGACGACUCGGCCCGCGGGGUCCUUGGGUUGUACGAACCCCGCCUUGAGGACCCCGACUCGAGUUGUAAGAUGCAGAUUCUGGGUAACGCCCUGACGAACCAGGAUGUUCCUCUGGGAGCCGCGCGAGCUGAAGGAAUUAUAAAAAAUGUCAAUACACUCGAAGGGUUCAAGAAUACAGACAAGUCGGCUAUGAUAAAGCAAGCCGGCAGACAGAUAUGGGAUGCCAUCAAUGACGGUAGCAUAUAUUCGGUACCCUCGCUGCUUUCUUCGUUCGUUAUCCUCUCCUACGCCGACCUUAAAAAAUACAAAUUCACGUAUUGGUUUGCAUUUCCAGCCCUGCAUUCUGAUCCCCAGUGGAGACGCUCUGGGCCAUCAGAGCAUCUGACUGCCGACGAGAGUACGGCCCUCGUCGACCGAGUCGGAACCUGGCGAUAUAGCGUAGACAGGCGAGAGCAUGGAUUCUUCCUGGCUAAGAAGGUGCGGAUCCAAGAGACUGAAGCAGAUGAUACCGAAGGUGGAUAUAAACUCCCUUAUCGCUGGGACGUAGGUUCUUUGAGGGACUUCGAAAAUGGCUUCUUUAACGACACGCCAGAGGAUGAUCGCUAUGUGGCGUUCCUCGACCCCUCUACAUAUCCCGAGGGCCCCGGUUGGCCUCUGAGAAACCUCUUGGUCCUCAUAAGGCAGCGUUUUCGACUGAACAAGGUUAAAAUCUUGUGCUACCGGGACAUUUGGGCGCGCAGACAUGAAGCUAGAAGCGUUAUUCUGCCCAUCGAGACAGAUCCACAGGAAAACAUCGACGGCUCGGAGAUGCCAAAGGUCACAGGAUGGGAAAGAUCCAGAAAUGGUAAACUGCAGGCGCAACAAGCCAACCUCGGGGACUACAUGGACCCUACCCGGCUGGCCGAUUCAUCUGUCGAUCUGAAUCUUAAGCUCAUGAAAUGGAGACUGGCGCCGGACCUGAAUCUUGAACUGAUCAAAAAUACCAAAUGCCUGCUCCUGGGUGCAGGAACCCUUGGCGGCUACGUAUCUCGAAAUUUACUGGGCUGGGGUGUACGGAAGGUUACCUUUGUUGACUAUGGCAAAGUCUCCUACUCAAAUCCAGUCCGGCAGCCACUCUUCGAGUUUGACGACUGUGUCGAUGGAGGCAAGCCCAAGGCCCCGCAAGCUGCUGCCGCGCUCAAGAGAAUAUACCCUGGCGUAGAAAGCGAGGGGCACGCACUCUCGGUCCCCAUGCUUGGCCAUCCGUACACUGACGAGGAAAAGACGAAGAAGGACUUUGACCGACUCGGAGAGCUCAUCCAAGCACAUGACGUCAUCUUCUUGCUCAUGGACACCCGCGAGUCUCGAUGGCUGCCAACUGUCAUGGGCAAAGCUGCAGGGAAAAUAGUUAUGAAUGCCGCCCUUGGGUUUGACUCAUAUGUUGUCAUGAGACACGGCGCUGAGGGUGAAGAGGAGGGUGCGGCUUCCUUAGGGUGCUACUUCUGCAAUGAUGUAGUAGCCCCAGGUGAUUCCAUGAAAGAUCAGACUCUUGACCAGCAGUGCACUGUCACCCGUCCUGGAGUGGCGGCAAUUGCGUCCGCUCUCCUGGUGGAGCUUCUAACGAGUCUCUUGCAGCAUCCACUGGGCAACAAGGCGAAUGCGCCGCAGCCCACUGCCGGGUCGGAGCCUCCGAGAGACCCUCCUGACCAUCCCCUGGGUCUGGUUCCACAUCAAAUCCGGGGUUAUGUGUCGACGUUCCAGAACAUGGUUAUCAGAGGCCAAUCCUAUGAUUGCUGUAGUGCCUGCAGCCCCAAGAUCCUUGACGCCUAUCGCAAGGACGGCUGGGAGUUUGUGAAGCGGGCAUUGCAAGAGAAGGACUAUGUGGCUGAGCUUUCAGGCCUCACCGAACUUCAACGGAGAGCUGAGGAACUGGAUGCGGAUCUUGAUUGGGAUGAAGAGGAUCAGCUUGCUGAUGAUGGGGAAGCCGAGUUGUUAUGA